CUGGUUGUUGAGGUUAUGUACACACAAUUUUUCUGAAACGAGAAUACACUUGACCUUUCAUCGUUCAACCUGCUUCAAACCGUUAUUAAUAAAAAAAUAAAAAUAUCUACUUUGACGUAAAAAUGUUAGGUUAAUACGACCAGAAUGUCAACUCUGGAAUAUUCAGAAGCAUUCACCACACCGGGAAGAUCUUCACGGAAAAACGUUCACAGGUGUAAACUAUGUCCAUACUUUACGACGUCAUUUUUUCUUAUGGUGAACCACGUCAGACGACACCGCUCACUUUCAGAAAAAUUUACGUGCUCACACUCCGAAGUUGAAUCGUACCACUGUAAAGACUGCAAUUUUAAAACAGAACUAACAGUUUUGUUCAAACAACACAUUGAUAAGUAUCACAGUUUUAAGAGGGAAUUUAGAGACACUUUAUCAAGUCAAGACUUUGUUAUCAAAAACUACGUUUGCGAAAAAUGCGACUUUGAAACAACUCUGUCGUUGAAAUGGCUCAAACAUGUCUCAACGUGCAACCAAAACAAAGAAAAUCUUGUGAGUUCUUGUAAACAAACUGAAGAAAUACGUUGGUAUUACUGCGAGGAAUGUCCCUACAAAGCCACCCGCAAACGGAAUUUAGUUAGUCAUGUAGGAAGGCGCCAUUCGAACCAGUCGUACCCAUGCGACCAGUGCCCAUUUAAAAGUACCAGCAAACGAGGCUUAAGAAUCCACAUAAACUGUAUCCAUGUAGAUGAAAAAAGUGUUCGGUGGCACCAGUGCGAAAACUGUCCAUUUAAAACCAAGCUAAAAAGCAGCUUAAAACGCCACAUAAACUACUUACACUUGAAAGAAGGUGAACUUAAGUGGCACCACUGUGACGUGUGUCUAUUCAAAGCUAAAGUAAAGGGAGACUUGAGAACACACAUAAUGAGGCAACACUUGAACGCAGAGGAGAUAAAGUGGUACGAAUGUGAACAUUGCCCUUUCAAAACUAAACAGGCUUCACAUUUAAAAUACCAUGUAACUGUGCGACAUUUGGGCGAAGGCGAAGUUACGUGGUACGAAUGUGAAGAAUGUCCGUACAAAAGUAAAACCAAAGUUAAUUUAAAAAACCAUGUAACGGUUCAUCUCAAGAUCAGGUCGUAUCAGUGCGAAUGUUGUCCGUAUAAGGCGAAACGCAGUGCUGAUUUGAAGCGGCAUAUGAAUAGCUUGCAUUUGGACGGGACUGAAGCGAAGUGGUACGAAUGCGAACAUUGUCCGUACAGACAUAAAAGCAAAACGUCGAUUUAUAAACACAGGAAAAAACACGGGUCGGUUUUGGUUAAUUCGACUGUGUGAUGGUGGAAAUAAUGUAAAUAAAUAAUUAUAUUUUUUGUUUA